GUUCAAGAAUGGUGUAAUAGAGUACCAAAAGUAGUAGUACACAAUCUGAAAUAAGGUAUCUUUUUCCUCCUCACCCCACUUUUAGUCUGUUCUUUUUUUUCUCUAUUUCAGAGCUGUCUGAGCAGUUUGAGAAAUUUUGAGGGGUGGUCUGUUCUUUACUGUGACUUAGGGUUUUUACUUUAAAUGAGCUAUUUAUGGUUGCUGCAAGUUAAUGACUUGUUCAAUUUACUGCUUUUUUGAGCUCUUUGUUGAAAUGGGGUUGUGUUUUCUUGGACAUUAAGGGGGUGGGGUGGGGACUUUUUUUGUGAAUUUGAAAGCAGUGCUUGCCGUUUCUUGUUCUGUAUGGACUUUUUGUAUUUGGGGCUUUUCUAGUUCUGAGUGAAUCUUCUGGUAGACAUACUUUGUUCACCUGAAAAAUCUUGUUUUGUUGGAUAAUUUGUUCACAUAUUUGGUUGUAUGAUCUUUGUUGAGGAUAGUUAUAUGCAUAAAGAUGAAAACUUUAAGUUCCCAGUAUGUUGAAUUUCAAUGUUUUAGGUUGUUUGCUUGAUACUCAAGUGGUAAAAGAGAAGUUUGGUUAAGUUUUUCUGUACUUAGAAAAAUAUGGAUAUAGAAAUCAAGAAUGACAGUGAACCAGAAAAGGGGAAUGAUCAAGAAGUGUCAAUGAACUAUCAGUCACCAAAUAUUUCUUCAGAAUGGCAAUUAAAUGGGAGUAAUUUGACUAAUUCAUCUAUGGGAAUGGUGGAUUCAUUUUGUCCUAGUACUUGGGAUCAGCCUACCACCAAUUCAUCAAAUUUAGGCUUUUGUGAUGCUAGUGUUCAAAUGGAUUUAGGACCUUUUAGAGCUGGUGUUGAUAGAACACUUGGUCCUAAUUGGACUCCAUCAAAUGCUAUGUUGAAAGGGGGUAUGUUUCUACCUCCUGUUCCGAUGAUGCUUCCGCAGAGCUUAGCUCAGUUUCCGGCUGAUUCGGGGUUUAUUGAAAGAGCUGCAAGGUUUUCUUGCUUUAGUGGAGGGAACUUUGGUGAUAUGAUGAACCCUUUUAGCAUCCCCGAGUCAUCGAUGAAUCCUUAUUAUAAGGGAUUGACACCAAUGCAGGGUCCUCAAGAGGUUUUGGCAAGUAAUGGGUUGAAAUCACCUCAGAAGCUGCAGCAUUUGAGUAAUGUGGCUGAAAGUUCUAAGGAUGUUUCUUUAACCGUUGCUCGUAGGGACACAGAGAGAAGUCCCCUCAAGAAUGAGAAAAAGAGUGAAAAUUUUGCUAAGUCUCAGGAUGAAGCAAAAGAAGUUGCUGGAGUCUCUAGUAGUGAGUCUGAUGAAGCAGGAUGUAGCGGCCGCCAAGAAGAAAUGGAGGGUGCCGGUGAGGAGUCUUGUGGAAAGAAUAUUGGCUCAAAGAAAAGGAAAAGAGGUGGUCAGGAUACUGAACCUGAUCAAAUGAAGGGAGCACAGCAGCCACCACCCGAAAUUCAGAAAGGGGAACAAAACUUGAAUUCGAUUGCCAGCAAGCCUGGUGGAAAGAAUGGUAAACAGGGGUCUCAAUUUUCAGAUCCAACCAAAGAAGAAUAUAUACAUGUUCGUGCUCGAAGAGGCCAGGCAACAAAUAGCCAUAGUCUUGCAGAAAGAAUAAGGAGGGAGAAAAUCAGUGAACGGAUGAAGUAUCUUCAGGAUCUUGUGCCUGGUUGUAACAAGGUCACCGGCAAAGCUGUGAUGCUGGAUGAAAUCAUUAACUAUGUACAGUCUUUGCAAAGGCAGGUUGAGUUCCUCUCAAUGAAGCUUGCAACAGUAAACCCGCGGCUGGAUUUUGAUAUUGAUAGUCUCCUGGCAAAAGAUAUCCUCCAGUCUCGAGCAGGUCCUUCAUCCUCGCUCGCUUUUCCACCUGAUAUGACCUUGGCAUAUCCUCCCUUACAUCCACCGCAAGCUGGAAUGCUUCAAUCUGGUCUUCCUGGUUAUGGAUUUCCUAGUGAAGCAUUUCGUAGAGCCAUCAAUCCUCAUUUAGCCACUACUAGUUGUGGGCCUGGCGACUACAAGGAUCCGUCAUCUCAGGCACCGAAUGAAUGGGAUAAUGAACUACAUAAUGUUGUCCAAAUGGGGUUAAAUUCAAGUGUACCCUCAUCUAGUCAAGAUAUAAGUGGUUCUCUAUCAGCAGGACAGAUGAAAUCAGAACCAUGAACUCAUCGUAGAUACCAAAUAUGCUUUAACUUUACCUGUUAUUGGGAGAUUAAGGUGCACUGAUUAUGUUAUCUGGGAAGUGCGUUGCACCGAGAGUUCUUCCUAUUUCGCAUUUGCAUGAGACCCCCCAAUCCAGGAGUUCCCAGUGAGUCUGUACAGCAAGUCCAUAACGCGUAUUUGUUAACACAGUGCAUUCACCUCCUUUUCAUAAGUGACACAGUCGGCUAGUAGCACAACAGUGAAAAUUCAUUCCACGAGAUUGACGUUCUUCAGAUCAACAACAGCAAAUGAAGGUUCAAGAACUAAUGUUUUGUUGAUGCAUUCUUGAAUCUUUCGUUGCGGAGAUGUUUAUAUUCUUCAUGUUCAUUCCAUGUUGAAGAACUUGCAAAUUGUAUGGCCUGGGAAAAGUAAAUGAUGUUCAUGCUUCUUUUCUUCCAAA